AUGGGCAAGCGCUCACCCUCCAGGGACUCCAGUCCCAGCGCUAAGCGGCGCAAGGACGACAGCCGCAGUGACGACGACAAGAGCCGCAGCCGGGGGCACAGCAGAAGCCGCAGCAGGAGCAGGAGCACCAGCAGCAGCCGCAGCAGGGGAUCUCGCAGCAGCCGAAGCACCAGCACCAGCCGUAGCCGCAGCCGCGACCGCCGCUCUCGCUCGCGUAGCCGCAGCCAGGACCGGCGGCGCAGCAGGGGCGACGACCGCCGCCGCAGCCGCAGCCGCAGCCGCAGCCGGAGGAGGGAUGAGGGCCCUCGCGGUGGCGGGCGCUGGGGCGACCGCCGGCCCUCGCCGCCCCGCCGCGGCCGCUCGCCGCCACCCCGCCGCGUGGACCGCGGCGACGGCGAUGAAAGGCCCGUGCGCAACGGACCGGGGCCAGACCGCAGGCAGAUAGGCGACCGCAACGGCGUGGCGGCGGAGGCGGCACCGCCAGCGGAGGCCGCGGCGCCGGCCGCAGCACCCGAGCCGCGGGAGCGAAAGCCGGUGGCGGCGGGGCCCGCGGGCGGCGUCUACAUCCCGCCUUUCAAGCUGGCCCAAAUGAUGGCAGAGGCGGCUGACAGGGAGUCUGCCCAGUACCAACGCAUGACCUGGGACGCGCUGCGCAAGUCCAUCAACGGCCUAGUCAACAAAGUCAACGCCGCCAACAUCAAGCACAUCCUGCCAGAGGUGUUUGGGGAGAACCUGGUGCGAGGGCGGGGCCUGUUCUGCCGGUCCAUCAUGAAGAGCCAAAUGGCCUCCCCCUCCUUCACCCCCGGCGGCCUCUUCCUGUCGCGCUGGGUCCUUGGCGCCUGGGAUGGGCACCGUGCCCUGCAGGGCGGGCGCAGCGGGCCGCCAGACGCAAGCAGGCAGGUCUGCAGGUCGGCAUGCAUGCACAUCUGGCGGGCCCUGGGCUUCAGCCACCCGCAACACGCACAGCUGCUGGGCACCGCGGCCCAGCUCCCGUGGCAGCUGUGGCUGGCCGCCAGCAGGCCGCCAGGGAAGCGUGCCGGCGGGCCGCGCCGAGGGGUGGCGGCGGCAGGCCACAGGCCUACCUGGCACAUGCACCAGUUGAUUGCCACCUGCGACAGCGUCUUGCGCCGCCGCGCCGCCACCUCCCCCAUCACCUCCAGCAGCGGCUGCAGCCCCGGCAGCACCUGCCUGCAGUUCAAGCGCGCCUACAAGCGCAAUGACAAGCCCGUGUGCGUGGCCGCCAUCAAGUUCAUUGCCCAGCUGGCCAACCAGCAGGUGGUGCACGAGCUGCUGCCGCUGGAGCUGCUGCUGCUGCUGCUGGAGACGCCCUCGGACGACGGCGUGGAGGUGGCCGUGGAUUUCCUCAAGGAGGUGGGGCCCCUACUGCAAGAUCUGUCGCCCUCGGGCCUGCAGACGAUCAUGGACCGUUUGAGGUCCAUCAUGCAGGAGGGCAAUGUGGACACCCGCACCCAGUACAUCGGAAUCCCCGCCGGGCUGGAGAUGGAGCUGACCACCAUGAUCAUAGAGUGCUGCUCCAAUGAGAAGACCUUCAUCAAGUACUACGCGCUGCUGGGCGAGCGCUUCUGCAAGUACAAGCGCGAGUACGCCGACUGCUUCUCGGAGGCCUUUGUGCAGCAGUACCAGCUUAUCCACAGGCUAGAGACCAACAAGCUGCGCAACACUGCCAAGCUGUUUGCCCACCUGCUGACCACAGACGCCAUACCCUGGGCCGUCAUGCAGGUCAUCCGCCUCACCGAGGAGGACACCACCUCCUCCUCCCGCAUCUUCAUCAAGAUCCUGUUCCAGGCGCGGCGCCUGAGCCUGCCUGCGCCUGAGCUGGCUGAAACGAUGGGGCUGAUGCAGCUGAACAAGCGCCUCAACGACCCCACCUGCCAGGACUGGUUCAUGGGCGUGUUCCCGCGGGACUCCCCUCGCAACAUGCGCUUCGCCAUCAACUUCUUCACUUCCAUCGGCCUGGGAGGCCUCACCGACAGCAUGCGGGAGGUGCUCAAGAACCUGCCCAAGAUGCUGGCAGCGCAGCAGGCGGCCGCCGCCGCCGCCGCCGGCAGCGGCAGCGACAGCGACAGCGAUUCCUCCUCAUCAUCAUCAUCCUCGGAUUCCGAUUCCGAUUCCAGCAGCAGCAGCAGCAGCAGCGGCUCGGGCUCUUCCUCGUCCUCAUCAUCCAGCAGCGGCAGCAGCAGCAGCGACGACAGCAGCGGCAGCAGCAGCAGCGAGGGCGAGGAGGAGCCGGCGCGCGGCAAGGGCAAGAGCAAGGGCGGCGGCCGCUCGCCGCCGCCGCCGGUGGCCGAGCGCGGCGGGCGCAGCUCGCCGCCGCCGGCCGAGCGUCGGCGCGGCGCCGGUGCCGCCGGUGGCAGGGAGGAGCCGCCUCUCAACGGCCGCCCCGGCUCCGACCGCGAGCUUGCCGAGCGGCGGCGCGACGAGCGGGUGCAGCGGCGGGACAGCCGGGAGCGCGUGCAGCGGCGCAGCGCCAGCCGCGAGGACAGGCGGGAGCGCGGCGCCGGCAGGAGCGGCGAGGACAGGCGCCGGCGCGACCGCAGCGAUUCGCGCGGCAGGGGGCGGCGGUGA